AUGCUUCAAUAAUCAUAACUAAUCCAUCAUUCAAUAAUUAAAUAUGAUGAUGAUGAUGUACCAUUGAUGUUUGAAGUCUUGCCUUUUGAGGGAAAAGGAGAUUACACUUUUGAGGAGUUCCAAUAACUAUAAGAGCGGAUAGUAUCACAUUAAUAGAUGAUGGAAAAUUUCAAAGUAAAUACUUGGGAAACUAUGCAUUAUUAUGAAACAGUUACUGUUGAUAAGUGUAAAUCAGCAUUCUUGGAUAAUAAUGAGGAGUACCAAGGUAUGAUAACCAUGAUUGAGAUGUUUAAUGCAGAAGUAACAGUUUUCAGUUCAUCAGGUCUUAAAUGCCUAGCAAAGGAAUGCUAGAAUACGUAAUGGAAUGUGGAGAUUAUAGUUUUUUCGUUCUUUAGCCAGUAUAAUAAGAGAGAUAUCAUUCUUCACGCGUAAUAGAGAGUUGCAAGCAAAAUUCAUAACAAGGUGUUACAAUUGGGCUUUGGAAACAAUAACCAAAGUGGAUUAUUAAAGUCGUAAACUCGACAGUGAUUCUGGACCUACUAGACCACCAACAGGAUAGACUAAGAGACCAUUUAGUAGUGUAACUUAAGCCAAGAGACCAUAAAGUGCUCUUACUAUUAAAAGCAUGAGGCCAUAAUCUGGAUAUCCAACUACAGUGAUAGACGGAUAUGCCGAAACAACUAUUGAAUAAACUCAUCCAGAUAGACCUGAUUCUGGAGUUACUGGUAUUAUUCGAAUUGAUUAAAUGGUAUUCAAUUAUUUGAAAUAUUUUAAAGAAAGAAUCUCAAUAUAGUAAAGGAACUUUGCUGCCAGGAGAUAUUAUCUCAGAUUAAUUGCAUGAUUAUCAAAAUGGAUUUAGAACAAAGCAUGAUUCAAUGCCUCCUCCUGAUCAACGUUUGAGUAAUUACAAAAGAAGAAUCAUCCAGAAUUUUUAAGCCCCAAGACCUUAAAGUGCUGUGGAUACUUCAGGUAAAAUUAAAAUGAAAUCAACAUUUCCAAAACCAAUAAAGUCUGCUAAACCUGCAGCUAUAGUAGAAGAUGUAGAUGAAGAAGUAAUUUAAGGGGAUUUAGUAGAUAAUAAUGAUGAGGCUUUAUUAAAUGAGGAAGAUUUGGCUGCUAGAUAAGCUGAGAAUGAGGCUAAAUUAAUCAUUUAAUAAGAGGAAGCUAAGAAGAAAGAAAGAACACUAGAACCUUAGAUUAAAGUGUUUGUGGAUGAUGAAUAAGUAGAGAAUAAUUAGAAACCCAGAAACUUAAAUUUUGAAACCAGAGAUGGUUUUUAAUAGUAUUAAAAUUCAAAUCAACCUGAUGAAUUGAGUGUUUAGAAUAAAUAUCAGAAACUCAGAAAUAAAGAAGCAUAGUAAAAAAGAGAGGAUGAAGAAUUAGUUGCUAUGAUGCAUUAAUGGUCUUCCAAUAAAGCUAGGAUUGAAAGGGAAAUGAAUAGGAGGAUAGAGAGUGCUACUUAUGGAAAUAGAUUCAGAGAGUUAGAAAUGAAGGAGAGGCAAAAUAAGGAGAAGGAUUACAAGGAACUCAAUAAAGUAAUUUCUAUAUAUAUUAAUUGUUCAGAUCCAAAAAAAUCAUUAAUUGAGUUUGACCAAGAACAAAUCAAAAUGGGAAGAUGAUUUAAGUGAUCUAUCAGAUGAAGAAGAGGAGAUUAUAUAAAAUAAUAUAGAAAUUGAUGGAUAAACAGGAUUGAUUGAUGAUGAUGGAUAAAGACGAUAACAAAAGAAAAUUAGACCUUAAACUUGUUAACCUAGAAAUUUAAAUGAAAAGUUACCUAGUUAUUAGAAAGAACCAAAAUUUAUGAAUAAUACUGAUUAUAGAGGACUUGAAUCCAAUAUAUCAAAGCAUAAUAUCAACAAAAUAAAGAAGUUACAUGGAAACAUUAUUGGAUUAUAAGAAGAAGAUGAAGCUAAUCGUCUUAUGCCCGAGCAAAGUAUGUCAAUCUAUGGAAAAAAUCAAACUUUAACCCAAAAGUAAAAACGACCUUUGUCUGCUAUAUUAGCUGCUCAGCCUUUGGAUUAAGUUCGCUAUGAUUAAUUAAAAGUAUAUAAAAUAUUGAAAAAUUAGGAAAUUGAAGAAAUAAAAUUAAGAUUGGCUAAAAAAGGAGUUGCUGUUCCAGUUUAAAAAUUAGUUAAUGCUUUGUUGAUACCGGAUCCAAUAAAUCUCAAGGAUCCAGAAGGCAAUUCAUUACCACCACCUGGAUUUGGAAUGAAAGUUGAUCCUUUUGCUAAAAAAAAAAAAUCAAAAAAAAAGAAGAAAAGUAAGAGAUGA